GUAUAAGUUUUUAUAUUGUAGGCAAUGAAUUGUGUUCUGUGUUCUGCGAUGCUUAUAGUACAUUAGGGUGUCGAUUCUACAAUAUACUCUUAUUUUACAUCACUUUCCCUCUCUUCUCCGGGGAGUUUUGAUUUUUCAUUCUCACCCUUAUUUUCCAUCACUUUCCCAUCUAAAUUCCACUCACAAUCCUUCUCCGUUUCUCUUGCAUUCUCUCUCUCUCUGCAAUUCUCAUUCACACUCUAUUUCAUUUACGGUUCGAAAAACCAUCGCGGUUUUGGAUAAUUAGGGUUUCUCAUCGGUUUUGGGAUUGGAGAUGGGGAGCAUUGAUGAUUCCGAUGACCAGAACUUCAAGGUGGAUUUCACCGCUGAAGGAGUAAAGGUGCUGAAGGAAAAAUUGAAUGAGAAACUUAACGAAUUAAUGGGGAAUUACACUGAUGAAAUUCUCGUGGAUUAUGUUAUUGUGUUACUGAAGAAUGGUAGGGGCAAAGAUCACGCGAAGAAUAAGUUGAAUGUUUUUUUGGGGGAUAACAGUGAUUCUUUUGUAUCCUGGCUGUGGGAUCAUUUGGCUUUGAAUAUAGAUUUAUAUGUACCAUCUAAGGGAUUACAGGAUGAAGCUCCCAAAAGCAAGCUUCUAUCAAAGGUCCAAGCUGAUGAUGAUGGUUUUCAGAAUUUGAAUUCAACGUCAGAAAGUGUAAGGUCUAGAAGUCGCCGUAACAAAGAUUGGAAAGGGUUAGUAGGCAGAGACACCGAAGCACCACCCAUGCUGAGCUUUGUGGUUGACAGCAUGCAUUUGGACGAAAAAUCCCAAUCUAAAGUCGACCGUCGUCCUAUUGCAAAAAAAAAAAAGGUCAACCGUGGUCCAAGGCCACCAUCUCCUGCACCACCUGUUCAGAGGAAAAGGGGUUAUGCUGUUGAGCAACAAAAGACUAAGAGGGAUUCAGUUUCACAAGCAACUAUUGGUGCUCCUCAACGGCUGUUUCAGUUUGCAGUGCGAGAUGCAGUGGCUACUUCCAGGCCAUCUAAUUUGGGCACACCAGUGGAGCCCUCUUUAAAACGUUUCCGUUCUGCAGUUUCUUCAUCCUAUGUUGAGUCAUCAAUGGUUGAACAUCCUUAUACGAUGCAGACCAUUUCCAGGGAGGCAAACCCCAGGGCUACAGUGUUUAAGGCUGUGGAAGAAGCUGCCGAAGACGCGGUAAAGUUAAAAUCCUCAGAAAGUGCAUUUGAUUGGAUUGGUAAUGAUAUGUAUCCAUCAUAUGGUAACAUGCAACUUGAAGAUAACCAAUAUCAAGAGAUUGGUAAUGAUAUGUAUCCAUUAUAUGGUAACAUGCAACUUGAAGAUAACCAAUAUCAAGAGCAAAGCCCAUUUUUGUAUCAUGAAAAAAAUUACUAUGGUGAUCCGUAUGCUGCAAAUAUGACAAUGUUGGAUCAUGAAACUGGUUCUCCUUCUGAUUCUUCUUCAGACAAUGAAGGGUAUGACGAUGUUAAUUUCAUGGGCAAUAGUGUGGGUAGAGUUUCUCAGUUAAGUUCUUCUGGUGGAAAGAGGGGUGAGGAUUCACCGAUGAUGCACUAUAGUGUAGCCAAAAGUGAUUAUGAUAAUAUGCUUCUAAAAAAGAAUAGAAACCAGGAGCAAUCAUCUGCUGCACCUAACAAUUCCAAGAUAGUGAAUAUUUCUGUUAAUGUAAAUGCUUGGAAUCCACCAGUCCUAGAACAAUACCCUAAACCAAGAAAGGUUGCACAAUUAUCUGGUCAUAAAACUUUAAACAGUGGAAUUGGAUCUCUAAGAUCUGGCCCGGGUAUGGUGAAUGAGAAUGCCAAAACGGUGAAAAUUGACAAUGGAAAAGUGAAACCUUCUUUGGAUUUGCUGAAAGAGACUCAGAAGGCACAACCAUCAACGCCUGGUACCGGUGGUUCAUGUGCCGCUAGUUGUCUGAUAGACGAUGCUGAUUCUCGAAUCAUAUUUGCUAGCAAUGUUCAUUUUGCUGCUACCAAAGAUGCCAUUUGUCGGCAUUUCAAUAAAUUUGGGGAAGUGCUAGAUGCUGUUAUAGUUACUGAUUCGAUAACAGGACAGCCAAAAGGGGCAGCUUAUGUGGAGUUCAUGCAUAAAGAAGCAGCUGAUAAUGCAUUAUCACUGGAUGGAACUUCCUUCAUGUCACGUAUUCUUAAGGUUGUGAGGAAAAGUACCGCACAACAUCAAGAUUAUGCUCCCGCUGUUCCAUGGCCACGUGGAGUUAAGGGGUCUCCUUAUCCUUCUGCAAGGUUUCUCAGAGCCCCGAUUCCAACAGGUAUUGCUGGGGCAUUUACAUCCAGGCCCCCAAUUAAAUUUGGUGCCAGGAGCUUCCAAUGGAAGCGGGAUGCACAAGGUACCUCAUGUGACAGUGGUGAAACUUCAAAAAACAGCAGUAUAUCUGCACCUGUUUCUCGAGGUCUCACCUAUGUCAGAGCAGAAUCUAAGCUAGAGGGCAGCUCGAGUACCAGGUAGUUUAGUUUAAUUCUUCAAAAAACAGUUGCAGUCUAAGGUUUUUGCAUCAGAUUAGCAAAAUGUCUGAUGGACCAAAAAACAAAAGAAAACAAACUUACAAAUAUCAGGAGACAUUCGGGGCUUAAUUUUUGGAAUUUCGUUCUCUGUACAUGUUUGAGGACAUUUUAGUAUCUAGAUAUUCAAGUUAGCAAAUGAAGUUUAAUAAUGUCUAUUUUUCAUCUCUAGUGGUGGUAGCCAGUAGCCACAGAUGAUAAGGGCAUGGAUUUUGUUAGAAUGAAGAUGGAAUUGUUGGGAUGCUGACAUGAAAUUUUCCUCCCAAUGUUAUCCAUGCUGUAGAAAAUUAGUUUUGGGGUGUUGUUGAUCCGGACAUGGUCUUUUUCGUUGCUGAAUAUUACUAUUUUGUAAGUAUUGCUAGGUGUUUACGUGGAAAUUUGGUUAUGCCCAACACUAGGGAAAGAAAAAUUGGAGGGAAAGGGGAGAACAUUACACGAGUUACGUAAUAUUGCUUCAUUCAACUUCAUUUUGUACAUAGAUACUUUGAUUCUUUCUAUGGUUAUAGUUUGUCCUUGAGGCUAUUGAUGCCUUGAUGGUGUUACAA